GCUCUCCGAAGUGUAGGAGGCUGCUCCGGUGCCUCUGCCGUCCGUCCUGUUUUGCGGCCGCUGCACCCCAGUUCAAAGGCCGGGCCGUGAAGCUUCGGCGGCCCUACUUAGCCGCGGACCGCCUUCCCGUUCCCGGUGCCCGCGGCGGCGCCGAGUCUGACUGGGGCGGGGGCCGCGGCCCCUCGGGCUAGCGAGGAUGAGCUUCCUCUUCAGCAGCCGCUCUUCGAAAACAUUCAAACCAAAGAAGAAUAUUCCUGAAGGCUCCCAUCAGUAUGAACUCUUAAAACAUGCAGAAGCCACUCUGGGAAGUGGCAAUCUGAGGCAAGCUGUCAUGUUGCCGGAGGGCGAGGACCUCAAUGAAUGGAUUGCUGUUAACACUGUGGAUUUCUUCAAUCAGAUCAACAUGUUGUAUGGAACCAUUACAGAAUUCUGCACUGAGGCAAGCUGCCCAGUCAUGUCCGCAGGUCCCAGGUAUGAAUACCAUUGGGCAGAUGGCACUAAUAUUAAAAAGCCAAUCAAAUGUUCUGCACCAAAAUACAUUGACUAUUUGAUGACUUGGGUUCAGGAUCAGCUUGAUGACGAGACCCUUUUCCCUUCGAAGAUUGGUGUCCCAUUUCCCAAAAACUUUAUGUCUGUGGCAAAGACGAUUCUGAAGCGACUCUUCAGGGUGUACGCCCAUAUUUACCACCAGCACUUUGAUUCCGUGAUGCAGCUGCAAGAGGAGGCCCACCUCAACACCUCCUUUAAGCACUUUAUUUUCUUUGUUCAGGAGUUUAAUCUGAUUGAUAGGCGUGAAUUGGCACCACUUCAGGAAUUAAUUGAGAAGCUUGGAUCUAAAGACAGAUAAAUAUUUCUUCUAGAACACAGUUACCCUCUUGCUCUAUCUACUGUUAGCACUCUCUCAUUGCUGUCUGAUAUGGACUAGUGAUACUGACUAUAAGAAAACAGGAUCAAAAGACCCAUUGCAGAGAAAAUUGUCCCAAAGGUAGGUUGGCUGGAUAGCUUCAGUACAAGAUCUAUGGCACAGCCGAAUUGGAGCUGCUGUGUGGCUAUCCUGUCCUGUUAGUGUCCUCUGUUGUAACCUUACGACUAACCUGUAGUUUGUUGCUGAUCUUUUGUUCAUGAAAGUGAUUUGAGUUUUU